UCGAGGCUCCCUGCAGGGUGGCGGUGCACGCCAUCCUCCGUGGCAGGACCACAAUUCCCACCCAACAGGUGGUUUUGGCAACACCCUCGGGAGCGGAGCCCCGAACGGAGGGGCGGGACAGGACGGGACAGUUGCCGGGCAGAGGCGGCAGUGACCCCGGGAACGAUCAUGCCCUUCUGGCAUCCCCGUGGCGUGCCCAGCCCCUUUCUAUUUAGAGCGGGCCGGCAGCGCGGUGGCGGCAGCAGCGGGACAGGGCGAGGGUGCCUCUGCACACCCCACACCUCCCCGCUCCCUGGGCCCUGCGCUGAGCCAGACCAGCUGCACCGUCGUGUCCUGACCGAAGGCUCCUGGGAUGUCACGCCGCAGGCACCAACCCGAGCCUGGCGACCUGAUCGAGAUCAAGCGAUCAGUUUACCAGCACUGGGCCCUCUACUUGGGGGAUGGAUAUGUCGUCAACGUGGUGUCCGCAAAUGAAUGGAUCCCAUCCCCGUUAGCUGAGAUGGUGACAAUAUUGACCAAAAAGGCCAAGGUGAAGAAGCAGCUUCUGAAGGAGGUGGUGGGAAAUAAUGAUUGGAAGGUCAAUAAGAAGUAUGAUUGCUCCUACACUCCCCUCCCGGUGAAGGAGAUCAUCAAGCGUGCUGAGAGCUACAUUGACAGGGAAGUGACCUAUGAUUUGCUUGACAAAAACUGUGAGCACUUUGUGACAUGGCUCCGCUACGGCGAGAGUGUCUCUGACCAGGCAAGUGCCUGGCCUGUCAGGAGAGAUGAGAGCAAAACAGUUGUCUCUAAGAGGCUUGCUGGUUUUGUCUGCUCUUCACAUCUUGGCGACGUUUAAUCCCAGCCAACAACUAAGGACCAGAGAGCCACUUGC